AUGUCAUCGAUGACAGUCGCCAAAACCUACAGACCGGCAAUAGCGUCGAUGUCAUUGGGCCGAGCUUGGGUACACGAAAUUCAUCACAAAUUACAACAAGCAUCAGAUGCAGGGUUUCAAGGCGUGGAAAUAUUCUACGAAGACUUGGAAUAUGCAGCCCAAAAAUACGGCGACGCCAGUGAAACCAAUCUAAUACGUGCAGCAGCGGACAUUCGCAAGGCUUGCGAUUCCCUGGACUUAUCAAUCAUUGGUCUGCAGCCAUUCCUCUUUUAUGAGGGUUUGACCGACACAUCAGAACAUGAAGCCAAGAUUGAGAAGCUGAAAGUUUGGUUCAAGAUCGUCCGCGCCCUGGGAACAGAUCUCAUACAGAUCCCUUCUAACUUCAUGCCUGCUGGUCAAGGUGUGACGGGGGACGUAGACCAUAUUGUUAGGGAUAUGGUUGAAGUCGCCGACUUAGGUCUACAAGAGUCGCCUCCAGUCCGUUUUGCCUAUGAGAAUUUGGCUUGGGGCACAUAUGUCAAUAAAUGGGAAGACCUCUGGGACAUUGUCAGACGAGUGGAUAGGUCAAAUUUUGGAUGCUGUCUAGAUGCUUACAAUAUUGCUGGAAGAGUCUGGGGUGACCCCACAACGACUUCAGGCACAGUUGGGCCCACAGCUGACUCUGAUCUGGAGAAAAGUCUGAGCAAUCUGGUCAAGACGAUAGAUGUAGCCAAAGUGUUCUACCUGCAAGCCUCUGACGGAGAACGACUGGAAAGCCCGCUUGUGGAAGGCCAUCCCUUUCACGUUGAUGGACAGCCAGCACGAAUGAGUUGGAGCAGGAACGCCCGCCUUUUCCUAUAUGAGCAGGAUAAGGGUGGCUACCUACCAGUGGUUGAGGUGCUGAGGGUAUUCAUCAAAGAGCUAGGAUUCGAAGGUUGGGUGUCUAUGGAACUCUUUUCCAGGACCAUGAGUGAUGCAGACUCUUCAGUACCUCGUGAUCAUGCGCAACGAGGUGCCGCCGCAUGGCGGAGGCUGAGCCAGGAACUAAAUCUAUGA